AGCAGCCUCGUCUCCAUCGGCGUGGGCGCCUUCUACGGCUGCUCCUCGCUCGUCUCCAUCGACCUCCCUGCCACCCUCACCUCCAUCGGCGACGGCGCCUUCGGCAGCUGCUCCGCCCUCUCCUCCAUCACCUUCUCUGCCACCCUCACCUCCAUCGGCAACCGGGCCUUCGAAUGCUGCUCCUCUCUCGUCUACAUCGACCUCCCCGCCACCCUCACCACCAUCGGCGGCAACGCUUUCGCCCGCUGCUCCUCCCUCGCCCGCGUCAUUCUCCCCGCCGGCCUCACCUCCAUUGGCCACAACGCCUUCGACAGCUGCUCCGCCCUCACCUCCAUCCACCUCCCCGCCGCCCUCACCUCCAUCGGCAACGGCGCCUUCUCUGGCUGCACCUCUCUUGCCUACGUCGCCUUCCCCGCCAGCCUCACCUCCAUCGACAGCGCCUUCUGGAACUGCUCCUCCCUCGCCCGCGUCACCUUCCCCGCUGGCCUCACCUCCAUCGGCAGCCUCGCCUUCGCCCUCUGCUCCUCCCUCUCCCGCGUCACCGUGCCAGACACAGCCACGAUCGGCGACGAGGCUUUCGAAUCUGAGACCACCGUCCUCCGCCUCCCGCCCGCAACGAUGCGCUGGUACGAGGCGGUGGACGGGGCUCUGGCCUACAAGCGCUUCGCUCUCGAGCACAAGGCUGGCCUUCUUGGCUGGCUAGAGCGGGCCCAGAUCAGGCUCGGCUCUUACGGCCCGGACGGCGCGGCGCGCAAGCGCGACCGCGAGGAGUUUGAGGGCGACUUUGGGCACGGCGCUGCGGCGGGAUCGUGUGUGAGAGACUGUUGA